AUGACACCCGUAGAAGAACAUGACAGCGUCGAGGAGACCUUGUCUGCCUUGCAACGCGUGCUAACAACCACGGAGGUGGAGGCCAUGGCGCAAGUAAACAAUGCCUACACCCUCUGCCUCGCCGAAAGCGGGCCAAUUAUGCAGUACCUUGGGGCUGGAUACUACGUAAAGCGCGCGCCGUUAACGGUCAAGAAGAUGCUGGAGCUCCGCCUUUCCGUUGCCAAGGAGAAGACACCGCCUUCCACGCAAAAGCAGACCACCAAGACCGAGACGAUGCAUACAGUGGAGGGAGAUACGAUAGAAAUCAUUGAACGCUAUGAUUCUAGUGAUGAGUAG